GCGGUGGCAAGCAGCUUACAGCAGAGAAACACAGCUGCGAUGCAUUGAGAGGGAAUGGAGCCAGUGUAACUCUCUCCCUCUCACUCUCUCUUUCUCUCUCUCUGUAUCUGAUCCUCUGGAGAAGUGAGCUGCAGUUCUCCCGGUGCUGACUGGUGCGCAGCUGAAGCGCAAGAGAGUCACCAAGAUCCAACAGCACUGAGACCCGGAUAUGACAGACUGACUAUACUUUCCUACUUAUUUAUAACCACAGUCAUCUAUGGCUCUGAAAGAGAGACCCCUCAGAUGGGGGUUCGUGCUGUGUUCUAUGACAUGGACCUUAGCUUGGACAUUUACACCAGAUGAGGGGUCUUCAGUCAGUCCAAUAUUGGCUACUGAGACAUGGAUGAACAACACUGAGACCCCCACCACCAAUUACACAGCAGCAGGCCUGAGCUGCGCAUCACUGCUUCCCCCUCGGCGAGGUUCUUUCUAUGUAGAAAAAGGCACUGGAAUGUCUGUGGGCUCAGUGUUGGUGUUCUGGUGUCUUGAGGGACACCAGCUGGUGGGUAGUGAGAAAAUCUCCUGCAUCCUGCAUAGAGACAUGCCUCAGUGGAGCAACUACCCUCCUGACUGUGAAGCCAUUCCCAAACCAGAGGACCAUGGGCUGAGAGUGGCCGUUCUGGCAUCGGUAGUGAGCAGCAUCGUCAUCCUCGCCAUGUCUGUGUCCUUCAUCAUCUGCUGCCUGCAGGAGCGCAUGAGCAAAGAGAGGACAGAACGGAUAGACAGCAGGAGCAGGACCAGAGACAAGCGUAAAUCGUCCUGGAGAAGUGAGUGCUGGUUGGAGCGAGAGGAGGGAGACUGGGAGGCUUUUCCUCCGCCCAAAAUUUACAAUCUAUCCCAACACCUUGACCCCCAUCUGUCCCUUGACAGCCCAGUCUAUAUGGGAGGGUUAGCUGGUUAUGAUAACCGUGGCUAUCAGAGGAGUCAGGAAAAUCUCCUAAAGGCUCCUCUUCCUGGACUCUAUCGUACGGAAAGUCAGGUGUACCCACAUGUGGUCCUGCAGAGGGUUCCCACACCCACGGUUCCCAUUGCGCCAACUGCACCCAGCGCACCUGUCUACCUCCGCCUCUCCACACCUCCAUCCACAGAAAGCCACAUCGAACAGCUCAUUCUGCCUCCAUACACCAAAUCCUCUUACCGCAACCCCAGUGGUACACCACAGCGUCCAUGGCCAUAGAAACAUGUUUUUGUGUAUACAGAACUUUUACAACAGUUGCCGUGGAGAUGGCUUAUAGCCGGCUCCUGAGAAAAAGCCCAGGCAUGAUGGAGAAAAGAUAGCAUAGGUUUGGACUAUUUGGACUAAUCGGAAUAAUCAACUCCUCUAUCUUUUUGUCUUUCAAAAAGAGUUGUGUAAUAUCACACUAUAAGGUCAUUUUUAACCAUUUUCUAAUGGAAAUAUACUGUAGGACAAUUACACAGAUGUCCACAUAUGGAAAGACCUUGGAAUCUCAUCAACCAAUACUUAAAGGGAUAGUUCACCCAAAAAUGUAAAUUCUCUCAUCAUUUACUCACCCUCAUGCCAUCCCAGAUGCGUAUGAUUUUCUUUCUUCUGCAGAAGUCAAAUGAAGAUUUUUAGAAGAAUAUCUCAGCUCUGUUGGUCCUAACAUUUACAUUUAUGCAUUUGGCAGAUGCUUUAUCCAAAGCAACUUACAGUGCACUUAUUACAGGGACAAUCCCCCUGGAGCAACCUGGAGUUAAGUGCCUUGCUCAAGGACACAAUAGUGAUGGCUGUGAGAAUUGAACCAGCAACCUUCUGUUUACCAGUUAUGUGCUUUAGCCCACUACACCACCACCACUUCUAACAAUGUGAGUGAAUGGUGGCCAGAACUCUGAAGGUCCAAAUAUCACAUAAAAGCAUCAUAAAAGUAAUCCAUAUGACUCCAGUGGUGAAAUCAAUGACUUCUGAAGCGAUCUAAUUGGCUUCGGAUGAGAACGGACCAAAAUGUAACUCCUUUUUCACUGUACUAGGUACGAUCGUGAUUUCAAGCUUGAUUAUAUUUCCUAGUGCUUGACGCAUGCGCAGAGCACUAGAUGGCGCUAUAGGAAGUGUAAUCGAGCUUGAAAUCAUGGUCGCCAAGGAGACUGCUGUCAAGAUUUAUAGUUAAAAAGUAAUUACAUUUUGGUCCGUUCUCACCCAAAACUGAUUGGAUAGCUUCAGAAGACAUUGAUUAAAACACUGGAGUGUUACAGAUUACUUGUAUGCUGCCUUUAUGUGAUAUUUGGACCUUCGGAGUUCUGGCCACCAUUAACUUGCAUUGUAUGGACCUACAGAGCUUAGACAUUCUUCUAAAAAUCUUCGUUUGUGUUCGGCAGAAGAAAGAACGUCAUACAAAUCUGUGAUGGUAUGAGGGUGAGUAAAUGAUGAGAGAAUUUUCAUUUUUGGGUGAACUAACCCUUUAAAACAUGAUUUUGU